UAGUGCAGGCGGCGCUCGCAGAUUCUCCUGGACCCACGUGGAAGCGGCGCGCAGGAUGCUGCGCCGCGAGGCCCGCCUUCGCCGCGAGUACCUGUAUCGCAAGGUCCGCGAGGAGGCGCAGCGCGCGGCUCAGGAGAAGAAGGAGAAGGUGCGGCGCGCGCUCGAAGAGAACCGCCUGAUCCCCACCGAGUUACGCAGGGAGGCUCUGGCCUUGCAGGGUUCCCUGGAGUUUGAUGACGCUGGCGGUGAAGGUGUGACCAACCAUGUCGAUGAUGAAUAUCGAUGGGCAGGGGUUGAAGAUCCCAAGGUCAUGAUCACUACUUCCCGAGACCCCAGUUCUCGCCUCAAGAUGUUCGCAAAGGAGUUGAAGUUGGUGUUUCCCGGCGCCCAGCGCAUGAAUCGUGGCCGACAUGAGGUGGGGGCACUGGUGCGAGCCUGCAAAGCUAAUGGGGUCACUGACCUGCUGGUUGUCCAUGAGCAUCGAGGCACACCUGUGGGGUUGAUUGUCAGCCACCUGCCCUUUGGCCCCACUGCUUACUUCACACUAUGCAACGUGCUUAUGCGGCAUGACAUCCCUGACCUGGGCACCGUGUCAGAGGCCAAACCUCACCUCAUCAUUCAUGGCUUCUCCUCCCGCCUGGGUAAGCGGGUCUCUGACAUACUUCGUUACCUGUUCCCUGUGCCCAAGGAUGACAGCCACCGUGUCAUCACCUUUGCAAACCAGGACGACUACAUCUCCUUCCGACACCACGUGUACAGGAAGACCAACCACCGCAAUGUGGAGUUGACAGAGGUCGGGCCACGCUUCGAGCUGAAGUUGUACAUGAUUCGCCUUGGCACGCUGGAACAGGAGGCCACAGCAGAUGUGGAGUGGCGUUGGCACCCCUACACCAACACUGCACGCAAGAGGGUCUUUCUGAGUGCUGAGUGAGCCCACCCCGUUGUUGGGAUGUGGGCGUGGACCCAGGAGGUCGGAGAGGUCCGAAUAAAGUCUGUGUGUCAUACCACUCCAUUUGCCUCUGAGUGGUUUGGACAGGCCCACUGUCAGGGUAAGUGUGAAGGACAGUGUCCAUGAGGUCUUCGUAGGUGGGGAUCUGACAGCUCGGGGACAUUCUUACGCCUGGUGUUGACAUUGUGUCUAGGACAAAGCAGGCUCUGAGCCACUGGGAGAGUGUAGUGCUGCCCCCAGGAGAGCUGGCAGCCCGGGCCUUGAGAGCGCACCGUCUGGGAGGGGGAUGGGCACAGGUAGCAGGGCCUGUCUCACAGGGUAGGAUCUAUUCAGUGCUUCCCAGGAUCCCUCUGCCUGCUCCAGCACACAGGCAUACCUUC